AUGAGCGCAGGGCUCGGCACCCUCGUCGUCGUCGUCCUCAAGGCUCGCAAUCUCCGAGACAAGCACACUAUCCACAAGCAAGAUGUCUAUGCCCAGGCUACCCUCGACGGUGAUCUCAAAAAGACCGCUGUUCAGGUCAGAGGGGGCCAACACCCGGUCUGGGACGAAGAGCUUCGCUUCCCCAUCAUGAAGGUGGCCAACGACAAGACCAGGAAGCUCGAGAUCGCUUGCUACUCCAAGGAGCCUAGAUCGGACGAGCUUGUCGGUCAGGGAUCGGUAGAUAUCACAGAAACUUUGAGUUCGGGCGAAUUCGAUGACUGGGUCCCAAUCAAGACGGACGACGGUGGCUACCGUGGUGAAGUCUUCCUGGAGAUGACCUUCUACUCCGCCGCACCUCCUCUCCAACGCCGUGCCUCCAAGUGGAAUCCCAAGGACCGGCUCAAGACCCCUUCCAAGUCCUACUCCUACGCAAACGGCGCGGCGGGCGGCCACACCCCCCCGCUGCCGACCAAGGACGCCCUCCCCGCGCUCCCUGAAGAGCCUACCAGCCCUUCCGCCGCGCCCCCACCCAUCCCCGCCUUCCUCCGUCCAGGCGGUGGCGCCCCGCACAAACCCGCUGCUCACUCGCCCGAGCGCCCGGCGGGUGCCGCAUACGCCGCCCCGGGGCAAGGCUCAACGUCGCCUCCUCGCGGGUCGUCGCCCCCGCGCACACAGGCGAACGCCUUCCAAGGACCGACCGACUCGAUCCCACCAUACCUGCGCCCAUCCAACGGCGCCGCGCACUCCGCGCCGCCCCGCGCACACUCGCACGGCCGCACGCCGUCGUCGCAGGUGUCGAUCCCCGAGCCCCUCUUCCCGUCGCCGACACCCGCACCAGCAGAGAACGCCGCGCCGUACGGCUCCCCGCCGAUCCCCGGGGCCCCCUACCCCGGCUCGAACACCCCCGCGCCGGCCGCGUACGGGUACCCUCCCCAGUCCCCGCCGUUCCCCUCGCACACGCCGCAGCCGUACCCCCCUCAGCAGUCCUCAUACCCUCCCCAGAACCAGCUCUACCCCCCACAGAGCCAAGGAUACCCUCCCCAGAACCAACCAUAUCCCUACUCCCCGCCACAGCAGCCCCAGCAGCGGCCGAGCCCGCCCCAGCACCAGCAGUCGUACCCGCCUCCCCAGCAGCAACCGUACCCCCCUCAACAGCAACAACAGCCGUACCCCCCUCAACAACAACAGCAGCCGUACUCUCCUCCUCAACAACAACAACCACCGUACCCCCCACCGUCCCCGUACGCGCCAUACCCCGCCUCCCGCCCCCCACGCGACCCUGCGCUCGACCUGCCCGACCCGUACCUCGAAGCGCGCUACCAGUCCCCGCUCCCGCUCCCGCCCGGCGCGGCGGCCGCAGCUGCGCCCCCGCCGAAGCACCCCGAGGCCGCCGCGAAAGCGGACAAGCGCGCGCGCGACGAGGCCAAGGCCCGCGCGCGCGCCGACGCGAAGGCCAGGGCCAAGGCGCAGGCCGAGGAGGACGCGCGCGAGGAGCGCGACGCAGAGUUUGCGCGGAAGUUGGCAGAGGAGGAUGAGGCCGCGUUCAGGGAGCAAGAGGAGCGGGAUGCGGAGCUCGCGAGGAAGCUCGACCUGGAGCUCAAUCUGUCCGCGUCGUGA